GAUACCCACAUUAUUUUUUUUCGCUGAUAAGAAGCAGUAUAUUGCAUCUACUUGUACUUGCUUGUAGAAACUCCUUCCUGCAGCCGCCGACAUGAAGGCCUUUUUUGCCCUCCUUUCCAUCCUCCUGGCUGCUCCCAUCGCCAUCCUUGCACACCCUCCCGCACUUUGGGUUAAAUGUGCCCCUGAUGUUACGUGUUACAAAAACGAGGAUUGCCAACAAGCUCCGGAUUGCAUCUCGAAGUCUUUUCACCAUUCGCCGGGUGAUAUGUUUUGUGGUGGAGUAUUUGAGCCCCACACUUGCUGGGUCAGAGGUAAGUUCGCUGACCCGUCCUCAGCGAAGUUCUCCAAUUCUGAUGGCACAUCGGGAAGACUGAGAAGGCUCCCUCCUAUAGUAGCUAGAAAUGAGAAAACGAGACUCGGAUCGAAAACAGCAACCAAAAUGGAGACGGAGGCGCAGACGGAGACUGUAGACUGCAGGUUCUCUGGUUCUCCGUCUGCUCAAAAGAGACUUUUUCUGGAUGUUUUGUCCCUUGGACAACGAGGAAAAGCAACGGGACCCGAUGAGGGCGGGAUGGGUGUCAGCAGCAGUAACUGUAACUAA